CUAUGAGAUCUCACCGCUGUUUGCGCAACUGUCGUGGAGAGCGCAGUCUGACAUCGCUGGGAGGAAAAUGUCCUGUUGGUUGAGGGAACAGACUCUGUUGCUGGCGGAGGACUACAUCAGCUUCUGCAGUGGGAUCCAACAGACGCCUCCCAGCGAGUCGGCGGAGGCCAUGAGGUACCUGGCCAAAGAAAUGGAGCAGCAGCACAGAACCAAAUUCCGAUCCCUUUCCCAGGAGUUCCUGGACACCUGCGGAGCAGAUCCCAGCAAAUGUCUGCAGAGCGUCAUGAGAGAACUGGUGGGAGAUGGGAAAAUGAACUGGGGAAGGGUGGUCUCUAUCUUCACAUUCACUGGAGUGCUGGCCAGUGAACUACUGUCCAGGGGAGAGAAUUCGGAGGGUUCCCGAAGAUUGGCCGAGACUAUAGCAGACUACCUAGGAGGAGAAAAACAGGACUGGCUGGUGGAAAACGGAGGCUGGGAGGGUUUUUGCAGGUUUUUCCACAACGCAAGACAACUGAACCAGGAGUCCUCCAUGAAAACAGCACUGUUUGCAGCAGCAGGAGUGGGUUUAGCUGGUCUAACCUUCCUCUUAGUACGCUGAUGAUUUUAGAAUGCUCUUGCUCAAUUUCACAUUGACACACACAACAACACCUGAUCUCUGUAUUCUGUCAUAUGGCGAAGUCAAAACAGUUCUUAUCGAGAAACCGGUCUUUUUGCACACUGUUUUUUCCCCACGCCUGUAAUUACAGCAAACAGUCAUUCAUGUUGAUUGUACACUAUUCACAUGGCCUUCAGGAGAGAGAAAGACGGAAGAUUGAAUCCUUUGCAUAUCUAACAUGGUGCUUUUUUAUUUCAUAAUUACCUUUAUCACUCGUUUCUGUGUACAUCCGGCUAGUUUAGAUAGUAUUUACAGUUUAUUUUGUGAAAAAACGAUAUGAAACCAGUUUGUUUGUAAUGUUUCUUUCAGUCUGAAAACAAGACGCUUGAGCGAACGCAGUUGUGUCUGAAAACAUUCUAAGAGACGAUAUAUUUUGUAAUGAAAGAUCUUUUUUUGUUGGACCACCUUUUGCUGUGCUUUAGUGGUUUCCCGCCUUUUCGGAUGUCGCCUGUUUCAUCCUGGAAAUCGAUUCGUUUUUAAGGUGCUAGCUUGUUUUGGUUCCAAGCGAUUUCUGUGAUACUCUGCCCACUUGUAAGUGACUCAGUUUACGCUGUAAAUUUAUUUAUUUACUUCUAAAGAACAAAUUAUUACUAUUUAGGCAAUUCCCAACAAUCAACAAAACAUUAUAUUUUUGCAUUGUUUUAUUUAUUAACUUCUUUCUUAAUAAAAUAAUUUUACUGUGAA